AGAUAAAAGAGACAAUAGAUGUUGUUUCUUGCGUAGGCGUAGUUCUUUCACAUGGAUCACUAUAAAACUGAAGGAAAACGUUCGAUUUUAAGUUCUUGUCAUAUCCCUGAAGUGCACCUGACAUCGGCAUUAUGAAGGUCCUUGCAGUCAGCUUUGUCAUGCAAUGGUUGGACGAAAUGCUUGUAACACGAUGUGCCGACAAAAAUAUCAGGUAUGACUGUCUGGACCUUUUGAAAACGGACUCUUCGAGAGGAACAGUCUUUGGUUGUACUUGGGACACAUUUCAACAAUUUAAGAAUUCCCCGGAUGAAGAG